AUGGCUACCUACUAUCAAUCCACAGGAAAAUUUGUCACGUCAGAUGGAACGUCCUACUCCGGAUAUUCUGGAAAUGGCGAAGGAUUGAACAAUCCCAAUAAAGAAUCAGUGAGAUGUGUUGGUCCUAUUCCCAAAGUAUUAACACCAUCUCCAUCGAAUAUUAUGUAUGGUAGAUCCGAUUUUUUGAUCCACGGAGAUAACAAAAAGAACGAUUAUUCAGCGUCAAAAGGCUGCAUCGUUGUUGAACCAAACGCACGUCGAAAAAUAUCAAUCGGCGACAAAAUUGUAGUGACAACAUAG